AUGGAAAGACUAUCUCAAAUCGGAAAUCAUCUCACAUCGGCAGCUGCCUCCGAUGCUGUGGAAAAGGCAAAGGCCAAGAACCCAGAAGACGCUGUUAUUGUCAAGGCCUACAGAACAGCUCUGACAAAAGGAGGAAAGGGUAAAUUCAAAGAUAUCAACUCAGAUGUGUUGCUGAAGAAGCUGUUGGACGGGUUGUUCCAAACUUUGCCCGGAUUUGACAAGUCCAUUAUUGAAGACGUUGUUAUAGGCAAUGUGCUGAACCCAGGCGCUGGUGCCAAUGAGCACCGAGCAGCUAUGCUGGCAGCUGGAAUUCCUUCUUCAACCCCGUUCAUGGCAGUCAACAGACAGUGUUCUUCGGGACUAAUGGCUGUGAACGAUAUUGCCAACAAGGUUCUUACAGGUCAGAUUGAGUGUGGUCUGGCCGGUGGUUCCGAGAGCAUGUCACAGAAUUAUGGGCCUAAAUCUGCUCCUGUUAUUUCACCAGAGAUUCUCAGAGAUGGUCAGGCCAAGAAGUGUUUAAUUCCAAUGGGAAUCACCAGUGAGAAUGUUAACGAAAAGUAUACCAUUCCAAGGUCUGAUCAGGAUGCUUUUGCCGCAAGCUCAUACCAGAAGGCUGAGAAGGCCGUCAAAGGUGGUUUGUUCAAGGAUGAAAUUUUGCCAUUGGAGGUUGAAAUUGAGGCUGACGAUGACGACGAUGAUGAUAAAGAGCCGAAGAAGACCACAAUCGUGGUUGACACCGACGAAGGCAUUAGACCCGGAGUCACGGCCGCCUCUCUAGGAAAGAUCAGACCAGCUUUCAAGAAAGAUGGUAGCACUCAUGCCGGUAAUGCUUCACAGGUUAGCGACGGUGCAGCUGUGGUGUUGAUUAUGAGAAGGUCUUUGGCAGAAAAACUCCAGCUACCUGUUCUGGGCAAGUACAUUGCCACCACGAUCGUUGGUGUUCCACCUGAAAUUAUGGGUGUUGGCCCAGGUUAUGCUAUCCCAAAGGUUUUGGAAUUAACGGGAAUUCCCAAGGAGGCCAUCUCAGUGUUUGAAAUCAACGAAGCUUUUGCAGGACAAGCUCUGUUCAGCGUUAAGAGGGCAGGCAUUCCUCUGGAGAAAGUCAAUCCACGCGGUGGAGCCAUUGCCCUGGGUCAUCCUCUUGGUGCUACUGGAGCGCGUCAAGUUGCCACAAUUAUGAGAGAGCUCAAAACAGGUGAACUUGGUGUGACUUCUAUGUGCAUUGGAACUGGUAUGGGUGCAGCUGCCAUUUUCGUAAAGGAGUGA